AUGUUGCCAUUAUCAGACACAUUUGAGACUAACACGCGGCAUAGAAACACAUCAAUCACAAUGAAGGGCACAUUGAUCCUCUCUGGCCUUCUGGCCACGACUGUAUCGGCUCACAUGCAGCUGAGCAAGCCAUACCCUAUCCGCAGUCCCCUCAACAAGGACGCCAAGGGCGAGAAGGAUUACUCUUACACUAAUCCUCUCUCCACCUCGGGCAGCGACUACCCAUGCAAAGGAUACGUCGAUGAUGACUUUGAGGCCGUGGCUACAUGGCAACCAGGCUCUUCCCAAGAGAUGCAGCUCGAAGGAAGUGCCGUCCAUGACGGCGGCUCAUGUCAGCUCGCCCUGACUUAUGACAAGGGUAAGACCUUCAAGGUCAUUGAGUCGAUUGAGGGUGACUGCCCUAUUGCUAAGAAGUACCAAUUCGAGGUCCCGUCGGACGCACCAAGUGGUGAUGCGCUCUUCGCUUGGACAUGGUUCAAUAAGGUCGGCAACCGUGAGAUGUACAUGAACUGUGCUAUGGUCAAAAUUGGUGGCUCCGGAAACCGUGAGGCCAAGGAGGCCCCCAAGCAGACCCUGGACGAGAAGAACACAGAAAAGGACCACAACAACAAGGCAAACGACCAGACUCCUAACAACAAGCCCAAUAGCCACACCACAAACGCCAAGAGCAGCUUCGAUAGCCUCCCUGAUCUCUUCGUUGCCAACGUCAACCAGGCUGGCAAGUGUGUGACCAUCGAGGGCGAGGCUGUUCACUUCCCCAAGCCCGGCCCCAACCUCAUCGGUAAGGCUGAUGGCCCUGGCUACAAGUGCUCCGACCAUGCUCCCUUCCUCGAUAGCGGCUCCAAGUCCGAGUCCACAAGCACAUCGUCCUCCAAGUCCGAGACCAAGUCCGAGACGAAGCCCACCACCACUAGCACCUCGUCUACCACCGAGUCUGAGAAAAAGUCCUCCGCCACCAGCACUUCCUCCUUCACUACUACUGCCAAGGAGGCGUCCAAAGUUGCCAAGGUCUUCGGCACUCCCUCCGCCGCCGCUGACUCCCGUGUGUUCUCCACCGAGGCCUCUACCAACAACCAGUUCGUCAAUUACGUUGGUCAAUGGUCCUGCCACUCUGGGGAUAUCAUCUGUUCACCUGAUGGGUUGAGCUUUGCCAUGUGCACUCACGGAAAACCCAUCUUCAUGGGCCCCGUCGCUGCAGGUACUAUUUGCCGCUGGGGGGCUAUCACUGCUCGCCAGUAA